AUUCCGUUAUUAUCCCCUGGAUUUCUGGAUGACUGGAAUUGAACCAAGCGACGCACGCAUCAACUGCGUCGAAAAUUCGAACUCGUCCGUGGUAGUCCGGUGGAAGCAACAUAACAAGCUGUAGCAUCGUUGAAACUUUGUUAGCUGGGCUAGUUGUUCAAGUUUCUGUGACAAGUUUUUUGAUUGACAUCGAGAUGACUGGAAAUAAGUUUUUCAAAAGCAAAACACCGGCCGCUGGUGAUUGCCUGAAGAAUACUGUGGCGAAGAAAACCGUUGCUAACACAAAAGUCGCUAGGAGGUCUAAGAGGAUCAAAGAGAAAGAAUCUCUGUCGCCUAAUUAUUCUCCGGUUUUGAGGCAGACCAAGCUGUCAGAAUCUUUUGUCACGGGUUCAGUACGCACGAGGCUGAGACCACGUAACAAGGCUAAGAAAUAUGAUGACCCUUCAAUACUUGAACGAAGUAUUUCACCCGAUAAGAGAAAUAGCAUAGUGCUAAUAGAGAGGUUGCCUCAACAAACUGCUGGAAAAGUGCCUGUGUACCAGGGUAUUCGACUUUCGGAUAGGUAUUCCAAAGAUACGAAGUCCAGUAUCUAUGAAUUUGAGUUUCAAGAGGAUGAUCCUUGUGAAAAACGGGUUCUGAAAAAUAAGAAGAAAAAAGUAUCCAAGAAACCUAAGACUAACAAGAAGGCCACGAUUACCGUGGCUAAGGCUGUCCCUACCAAGGAAACCGAUCCUAUGCCCCCUGACCCAAUGAAAGGUUCAAGAGUUCUAGAUAAUCAAAACGAACUGAACGUUGACCCGCUUUGUACAGAAGUUGAAAAUGUUGAUCAUGUGAUGGCAGUAGUGGAUAAAGAAAGCACAGCAUCAGGCACAGUUUCUCUGCAAGUUGAUACACUUCCAAUGACAGGUUUAGAGAACAAAAGUUCAAGGCCAAAAAUAUCUCAAGUUAAAGUAUUAACAGGCGCUAAGAAAAUGAAUUUGAAGCCUAAUGGCACAAUUUCAUAUCAACGGUUGACCAAAUUCAAUCCCUUCAGAGCAACCCAGUCUAUUUUCAAAUCUAGGCCCACAAUAGACCAAAACGACAAGACAGGAGACUUAUUUCAAAACCAAUCCAUGUCUCCAAUUAAAACAGAUGUCCCUCAUUUUGACGCUGCCAGCCCAUGGCGACCAUCGGUACCUGAUACUUUCUCAACUGUCAAGCAUGUCGUCCAAAGUACUCCCUGGUUGAAACGAGACGCCCGUCCUAUUGUUAGACCCGAACUGGUCCGUUCUUAUUCUGGUCUCGGGGAACCAAAAAAAAUUAACAAAAAAAUUCAUGAAAAUAUUGAAAAUGUAGUUUCGAGCACUUCGGUGAAUAUAGAGAAUAAAUCUUCUCUCAUAAAUCAUGCUAAAAGAAACCCUCUAGGUGUCAGAAGAACCAAUAUGGAGAAUAUAUUAGCUGGAAGCUUAAGUUUCAAGGAAAUGGCCCCUUUUCUGCAAGAAACUAAAAAUUUCUCCAUAAAUCGUUCUUUGAGUUAUGGAGAGAACAGGGACAACUCUAGCUUUAGAGACCGACUAUAUAAAUCACCGAUGAUGAACGAGAGGAACGGAACUAAGGAAGAUAAUAAGAACAACUUUUCCCCAUCUAUAUCUUUAGCAGUGCAAAGAAAAGAAUCUGUGGAUGAGAAUUUAGCACCCGAAGAGAACAGGCAGCUGCGUCAGUCAAAUCUUCACAAUUUUUUGAAUCUUGAUGCAAUGCCAGAGAGUACUAGAAUAAGUACUAGCCACGGGAUAUUUGGAGAUGCUCAUUCAACGCCAAUAAAAAAAUCCCAGGCUCACCAAAUCUCAACAACUCCUAAUGUUGAAAAAUACUUUGGAUUCGAUGAAGAUUAUUCUGAAAAUGAAAAUUCGUCAUUGAGGUUUGAUGAAAAACAAAAAAUACCUGUCAAAAGAGUUCCUCAGGAAUUGAAAGCCAAAGUCAUCGAGUCCCCCAAAACUGGGCGAAUGUCUCUUGAAGAAAUUAAAAACAUUCUCCAUCCAAGGAAGGAUAUAAAAUUCAGAGAUGUUCAGGAGAAGAAGUUGUUAAUAACAAAAAAGGUGGAAACAACAAUGGGUUUGAAGCCAGCCAUGGAAUCAGUGGACGUUCCCAAUGCUCUUCAGUUCUCCGACACUUUUGAUAUACUUUCUGAAAGUAGGCAGUUCGGGGAUGAAUCAUCUUUGGCACCGGAAUGUGCAUUGUUUACAGAUCUAGAGCCCAUUCAUUUUACUCAGCCACCAAGACGGUCAUACGCCAAGAAGCGAACGCGAAACCAUAAUUAUUCUUUUGAAGAGGAAGAGGAUGAUGACGAUGAUCUUGCAGCACCUAUAAUUAAGAAAAAGAAAGCUACAAAACUCAACAAAAUGGAAGAGAAGAAGAUCAACGAGUGGGUGAAGAACGUUAACAAAACUUUUCAAGAAAUUGAUGACUUUGACUUGGUUGUGGAAAAACUGCCAUGAAACGUGCUUCGGAAGUCGCCUGAUUCCAGAAUACAGAGUUUAUUUUAACAACCAGAGUAGAAUUAGAUUCAUGACGAAAUUAAUUUAUUAUUCCAUUUACAUAACUUCAGCAAACGUUUGUUGUAUAUAUAUAAAAGUAUAUUGAAAAAUUUUAUGUUUUUAUGAAGAUGAUUUUGGAGAUGAUGAGAGUAUAUCGUAGCUAUAAGCCAGUAUCUGAACCAUUUUGUUUGAUGAAAUUCAUCAUUAUGAUUAAUCAGAAAUAGUAUGCUUCAACAAAAACUAAUAUUUACGGACAGAUAUUGAUAAUUUCACAAGCAAAAUGCAGGACUUCUUAAGAGCCAUGAGAAAAAUUGUGGGAUGUAUGUACUAGUGACAGGGAAAUAAAUAUUGAGAAUGAAAAUUUCUUUAAAUUGGUCA